AUGCCGGGAGUCUAUCGCGCACCAGAAGUAACUCUGGAUAUGGAAUGGGACUGUAAAGUCGAUAUUUGGUCUACUGGAACGAUGAUCUGGGAUUUGGUACAGGAUACCCACCUUUUCUUCGCAAAAAGAGAAGGCCAGCUCAAUGAUGAGCAGCACCUAGCAGAAAUAGUAUCGCUUAUGGGACCUCCACCCCCGGAGUUCCUCAGAAGAAGUAAGAGAUCUGGCCAGUUUUGGGACGAGCAAGGCAACUGGAAGGGAUCAAUUCCAAUACCGGAACAGUCGUUUGAGAUGAGAGAACGAGAAUUCUCUGAUAUAUAUCGAAAGCUCUUUCUGAAUUUCCUCCGGAGGGUAUUUCGUUGGGUACCUGAAGAGCGACCAAGUGCGGAGGAGCUGGCGUACGAUGACUUCUUAAUGCAGCGAUAUUAUCGGACUCUUAAAAGGCAACGUGUCUUUAUUAAGAGCAGAAGUGAUAUGAAUGGCUUCGUUUUGUACAAUCCCGAUUCCCCGACGGUGCAGACGCGCCGUACUUAUCGAACCUGUAUAUUGGUACAGAAACGCUAG